GUGUUUGAUCGUCAUAAGACGACUGAUUUAAUUGAUGCGAAUAGCUCAGUUAUUUACCAGUACGACGUACGACAUGUUAGAAAACUGAACCUAACUAAGUUGCGAAGAGAAAAAGAAAUCUACACUAAGGAUUAACAUUUUCUAUUUUCGUUAAUUUAGUGAUUAAAUUUCCCCGAAGAGUAUAUUCAAACAAUACCCUCAAUAACCUAUAAAAGCAAACGAUAAAAGAGAAAGGAAAAUGGCAGUGAUACCCAAAGUACCCUUUGAAGAGCUUCUGAAACGUGAACCUGAACUCAAGGAGUCUGACAUUCAGGCCUUACGGGAAUGGUGCUCGAAACAGCCACAUUUACCAAAAAUUUCUCCUACUGAAUUGGCGGUAUUCCUACACAGCAAUUACUAUCGUGUGGAGCCAACAAAAAACACGAUCGAAACAUUUUACACCAUUCGAUCCCAUAUACCAGAGUUCUUUAACAAUAGGGAUCCCUUUGGAGUGAAAGAACUUCGUCAGGCUUUCAAUACUGCGUGUUACAUGCAACUCGAUGGAACAACUCCCGAAGGUUAUCAAAUAGCCUACGGUCGAUUCAUCGAUCUUGAUCCGUCGCAUUACGUCUAUAACGACUGUAUGAAGUACUGGAAUAUGGUUACUGACCUAUGGAUUCGCCAGAUGGGAACUAUGAAAGGACAUCUCUUCGUUGUCGACAUAGAUGGGAUAACCUUUGGUCACGCUGGUCGAUUGAGUCCUAUGGGUCUGAAGAAGUAUCUCACCUUCUUGCAAGAAGGACUGCCGGUUCGUCUGAAAGGGCUUCAUUUUCUUAAUUCCAUGCCAGUAAUGGAAAUAAUUUUAGGGAUGAUGAAGCCUUUCAUGAAGAAGGAGUUGAUGGACAUCGUAAGAUUUUUUCCAUUAUUAUUUUCUUGCAGUGGUAUUUUUAAUUAUUACUGUAUGUUUAUGUGAAUGCAUAUGCAGAUUCGGAGCGAG